AUGGACGGACCAACGAGCAGGCUGCCAUCGUCUUCGGUGCCAACUAUGCACCCCGCCGGACGGCAGAUUGUGAGGGAAUCGUACAAGAGCGCGCCGGUCACCCCGAAUACCACGUAUAUCGAUCCGCCGCGGCCGGCCAGGGAAGGCUGUGAAUGGGUCUGGUUUCCAGCCGGUUACUGGGCCGAGCGCGAAGUCGCCGAGAGCCCUGGAAAGGUCAUGAAGCACUUCAAAUGGCGAAAGCGCUCUGGCAAGAGUAGUUCCGGCUGGGACACUCAAGAUGGGUUGGAGAAUUCAUCCGGCGGUCUAUGGGAUCAUAUACCAAGGAUUUCCCAGCCUAUACCUAGCCCCCUUCCCAGCGAGGACAGCCAUAACCAGUCAUUUCAGGGGCUAUCGUUCACCCGUCAUGGCGCGAGCAGCGAGAGCAGCAAGUCUAUGUUCCCGCUUAAUCGAACGCCGCAAUCACCACGACCCAGCCCGUAUCUAACAGAAGAAGCCCACGUCCAAUCUUUACAGAGAUCGCCCCAAGGGUUCCAAGGUAGCGAAGACGCCAUCUCAUUUUCCGGGCCAGCCAGACCGAUACAAAGCUCACCGCUUACAAUAAUAAGUGCCGACUCGGACUCCGCUACUCCCCUUGCAACUCCCGCAAGCCAACUGACAAGCACGCCGGGAGCUUCGGUCUCGUCUAUCCUCAAUUUAGCUGCAACUAUGCCCGACGCCAAGCCCAGGAAAUCGUUCUUCUCAAGGCUUUUCCCGGACCGUAGGCCAAAAAUCAAGAAGGUAUACAGCGAUAAUGAUGCACACGAUUACACGGCAAAUUCGGUGCCGGACGUACAAGCACAGCCCUUAGGCCACGGCCAGACUCAUUCGCCUGUACCGCUUAUGGGCCGCGCGGCAUCACUGCUACGCAAGGAGAGCAAGGGGCGGCGUUCUUUCAAGCUCUUCGGAAAGAGCCCCUGGCACCGCGAAGCUUAUGCCGGCUCCGACGUGAGCGCCUCAAGCUCCAUCCUCGACGUGCUCCGGGGCCGGACGCCUGUCACGAGCCCGGUUUCCUAUAUCGAACCGACGCAUACAUUCUGCGCCGAGUUCCCUGGCGGUGAGGCAACUCGCAUACAGACACCACCCCUACGCGGGAGCGGUUACCACGCUUGUCAACCACAGUCCUUCUUCUUCGACAUCUCGACACCAACGCCUCGCCACGAAACCGGCAGGAAUAGUAAAAGCGAGCCCAGGCCUUCUCGCUGCCCUGCACCUCUUUCCCCUCCUGCUCCCGAGCGUAAUACUGGUGGCUCGGGCAAGGAGUGGUGGGAGGUGCCGGUGGCUCUAAACCGAUACGAAACCGUGACACACGGCUCUUUCGAGUUUGACAUGCCGGAGCAUCUGCCCAACAGCCCCAUGUGCCCGACCAACAAGAGGCACGCAUCCGGCGGCACGGGCAUCUGCGUGUACCACGGCAGAAGGAAGAAAAGUAGAGACAUGUCGGGCAAUGCUAGGAGCGAUGAUGACGACGAUGACGAUGACGGGGAUAGAUGGAUAUAAAGAGGUUUCUUGUUUAUUGAGUAGUACUUGUAGACGGAAUAUAUUGUUAACUAUCAUGAUAUAUCUCGUUGAACUACGAUAUAUUAAUUAUUCUUUUACAAUAUUGCUGUAUUACAUACCACCAGAGAGGAAAUCUCGACGAACCCCGAGAAACCUCGUCGAAUGGUCGAAACGAGGUAUAACGCGAAACAUUGCUCAGUCCGAAGCCAGUCCUGCCUCCAACUCCUAGACUAAGAAAAACAUAUCCUUCUCCCAUCUGAUCCGUAGUGAGUCCCGCUGUAUGUAUGAAGUCUUCCUGGAGAUAUUCUAGCUGGGUUUUUGAGAGAGUAGCCUUAGGUAG